CAUGGGCAGUUAUCGAACCUCCCUCUUCUCUCAAAAAAAGAAGACGCCAAUAUUCUCUAUCUCUCUUCCUCUAGCGUCCGCCGGCAUUUUUACAAAAUCGUGCGUCCGAUCAUCUUCGUCCAUCUUCAUUUUUCGUUGCCGACCCCUGAGAUGAGGCCCUGUGCAUCCGCACGCACACAGUCUCUGUGCAGGACCUCCUGUGAAUAGAUGCCACUUUUAACUGCAACAUGCUCCGCGCGGGACAACGCUUUAUCACGGGCAUUCUUUUUACUGUCAAACUCUCUGGUUUUCUGGCAACAUGCCACGGCAGUCUUCCGCCGGACAGUUUGCAUUUCGCAGACGAGAAGCAAGAAAAGUUCAUGAAGGCUUUGCAGAGUUAUGAAAUCGUUCAACCCGUCAAAGUAGACGAAAGUGGAACUUUUCUCUCCCGGGACGUCAUUCACUAUGUCAGUCACGUUGGAAGGCGGGACCUCAGCAAGCAAGCCGACCGCGUAUAUUACCAAAUUGUUCACCGAGGGCGACAAUUGCUCUUUAACUUGACCGUCAAUCGACCUUUUCUUUCUCCGGGCUACGUCCUGGAGAAAAGGUACGGGAACGUAACUGGUGCCUUGAUUCAGGCCCAUGCAGAGAACACGUGUCAUUUCCUAGGCAGAGUAGAGCAUCAAACUCUGGGGAGUGGCGCUGCUGCCGUCAGUACCUGUGAAGGACUGCGUGGUUUUUUCCGUCUGCACAGUGAAGACUAUUUUAUCGAACCGAUACAGCGUUCCCCACAAGACAGAGAAAAGCCGCAUCUACAUAUUAUUUACAAGAGGCAAGUUUCUCAACGUUCUCGGAGACAGCACCGUGAAUUCACUCCUGGGAUCUCGGGGACUUGUGGAAUACAAGAUACGUUCAGUAAUAUCCUGAAGCCAGAGAGACAGAGAGAGCGAUGGGAAGAGACCCAUAGAAAAGGGCACAGAAUUUCUCAACGAUCAAUCAGCAAAGAACGAUGGGUUAAAACUUUAGUUGUUGCUGACACCAAAAUGAUAGAAUAUCAUGGGAGUGAAAACGUGCAGUCAUAUAUCUUUACUAUUAUGAAUAUGGUUGCAAGCUUGUUCCAUCAUCCUAGUAUUGGCAACGCAAUCCACAUCGUAUUGGUGCGUCUCAUUUUACUAGAAGAAGAAGAGAAAGAACUAAAAAUUAUUCAUCAUGCUGACCAUACACUUUCCAGUUUCUGCAAGUGGCAAAAGAACAUGAAUCCUAAAGGUGACUCCAGUCCAAAUCAUCAUGAUGUAGCCGUGUUGAUAACUAGGAAGGAUCUCUGUUCUGGGAUGAAUCGUCCCUGUGAGACGCUGGGGCUAUCUCAUGUCUCGGGAAUGUGCCAACCACACCGAAGCUGCAAUGUUAAUGAAGAUUCUGGCUUGCCUGUAGCAUUCACCAUCGCACAUGAGAUUGGACACAGUUUUGGCAUGCAGCAUGAUGGGCAGAGUAAUGACUGUGAACCCAUGGAGAACUAUCACUUCAUCAUGUCUCGACAAUUGCAGUAUGAUCAUUCUCCUCUCGUGUGGUCACACUGCAGUAAAGAUUACAUCACACGCUUUCUAGAUCGAGGCUGGGGUUUCUGUCUCAAUGAUCCGCCGUCUGAGCAGGAGUUAACGAUUCCCACCAUAGCUCCAGGAGUGCUGUAUGAUGUCCAUCAUCAAUGUCAACUCCAGUAUGGACCCAACUCUACCUUCUGUGAGGAAAUGGAUAAUAUUUGUCAAACACUCUGGUGCUCAUUGAAUGGCUCUUGCAGAUCUAAACUAGACGCUGCAGCAGACGGAACCAGCUGUGGAGAGAAGAAGUGGUGCUUCAAUGGUGAGUGCGUAGCAGUUGGCAACCGACCAGAAGCCGUAGAUGGAAGAUGGAGCACCUGGUACUCGUGGUCACAUUGCACACGUUCAUGUGGCAUAGGUGUUCAAGCAGCCGAGAGACACUGCAACAAUCCUGUCCCAAAGUUUGGUGGAAAGUACUGCACUGGAAAACGCAAACGAUAUCGCAUCUGCAAUGUCAUACCAUGUCUACAGGAGACACCCACAUUUCGUCAGAUGCAGUGCAGCGAGUUUAACACAGUUCUUUACAAAAAUGAACUCUACUCCUGGAUUCCAGUUCAUCACGUUGCUAACCCCUGUGAACUACAUUGUCGGCCCAAUGAAGGACAGUUCUCUGAGAAGAUGCUCGAUGCAGUGCUGGAUGGGACAUCGUGCACUGAAGCUGUAAACAGCAGGGACAUCUGCAUUAAUGGCAUAUGUAAGACUGUCGGCUGUGACUACGAAAUAGAAUCCAAUGCAAUUGAAGACCAAUGUGGGGUGUGUCAUGGGAAUGGCUCCUUCUGUCAAACAGUAAAGAAGACUUUUGAAGAGAGCGAAGGAUUAGGUUAUGUAGAUGUGGGUCUGAUUCCUGAAGGAGCACGUGAUAUUCGAGUGGAAGAAAUAACUGAAGCAGGGAAUUUCUUAGCCUUGAGAAGUGAAGAUCCAAAUAAAUAUUUUCUCAAUGGAGGGUUUAUUAUUCAGUGGAACGGAGACUACAAAGCAGCGGGAACAACAUUUAAAUAUGAAAGAAAUGGCAAUCUGGAAAAUCUAACUGCUCCAGGACCAACAAAAGAACCUGUUUGGAUUCAGCUACUGUUUCAAGAGACAAACCCUGGAAUCCGAUAUGAAUACACAAUCAAGAAAGAUACAGAAGAAGAGAAUAGAAUUGGGCAGCCAGAGUUCUUCUGGAAAUACGGAGCUUGGACGGAAUGUAGUGCACCAUGUGGACAAGGAGUUCAACGACAAAUUGUUCGAUGUGUGGAAAAGACACCCAGAGUUGUGGAAGACAGGUUCUGCAAUGCACGGACUCGUCCUGAUGACAAACAACAAAAAUGCAAUGAAAUGGAUUGCCCUUCCAGGUGGUGGACUGGUGAGUGGCAGGAAUGCUCAGCAUCAUGUGGGAAUGCUGGGAUCAAGAAACGCACUGUUCUCUGUAUUCGCACCGUGGGGACCGACGAGCAGGCACUUCCCAAUUCAGAAUGUAAACAACUUCUGAAAUCAAGGAGUCAAAUGCCAUGCAACAGAGAUAUUCUUUGUCCUUCAAACUGGACCGUGGGCAAUUGGAGUGAAUGUUCGGCUGCAUGUGGAGGUGGAAUCCGCACACGGACAGUGACGUGCACCUUGAAUAAUAAGAGGCUCUGCAAUAUCUCCAAUAGACCACACACUAAAGGAUUGUGUGGCUUAAAGAGCUGCCCCACCAAUAGGAAACAACUGCCUCCUCCGCGGAAGCCCAAAGGGGACAAGAUUUUUAACAAAGUCUACCCUAACAAGCUGGGGCCUAAAUUUGUACCGAAUCACUCGGGUACAAAAGUCCAACCUAAUUAUAAACAAAUGCUUAUCACUACUGAUCAGCCAUUUCUCAUCAACACCACUGCUCAGCCACCCGAUGAUAUUAACACUGCAAUUUCUAUAUCUACCACAAUGAAAAAACAGAUAUAUUUGGACAAUAACCUUGACCCCAAUGGCGAAAACAACACUGUGUUGUAUAAUGAACAUAAUGAUAAUAAAUUUGUUCCAAGCCAUCAAACUCUCUCCAGGGAGGGUAAUACUACUAACGGAAAGAGAUUUUCUGGACCCAACACACCUACAAUUCAAAUUGUGAAUGGUACACAAAAUACUACUGAUAAAAAUAUUGGGAUGUCUCACGAUGAUGAAAUAACCACAGAGAAGAUUGAUAACUUUCUCUCAUUUACAGACGAACCUGAGGUUACUCGUAUAAUAAGUAAAUCUGAUGGUGCAGUUGCAACACCAACAGCCCCUGACAAUGGCAAAAGAUCCACAUUGUUUACCAGUCCAUGGAAAACCCUUGUGUCUACAGUAAAACCUAGCAGUACUCCAGCAGUUAAGCCAAGUGUAACAACACCGCCUAUUUCUGAUCAUAACAAGUCAGGUUUUUCAAAGUUUAAAGCACAUCCAAAAAUCAAAGCAACUAUUGACCGGCUUAAACUUAAAUUACUAAAGAUGCUAAAUCCAGAACGCUUUUCCAAUAUCAGUGAUAACACAGCUCUUGAUGUGGGCUUUAAUGAUGAAAAGAGGCACCAGGACAAUUCUGAACUUACAACUUCUAGAGCAGUUGUUAUCACAUCUCCAACAUGGGUGAAACUGUCAAAGCCGCAGGGAAGUAAAUCACUGUUCUCUGAAGCACAGACUACGACUGCAGCAUCGUUGAUGAAUACUCUGUCCACAAAUACACCAAACAAAUUCAUCAACAUUACCACAGACUAUGUUGAAUUUGAGAACUUAACUAGUAGAGACAUUGUUUUCUGGAAGAUUGGAAACUGGAGUGAGUGCUCUACCACAUGCGGAGUUGGUGCUGUGUGGCGGUACCCCGAAAUUAGCAACCCAAUAGCCACCAGGGCACGCAGGCAGGACAGGGUUGAGGUAUCGACAAGCGGGAUGGCCUUCGGCCACCAGGUGAAACGGUCCACCACCGUAAGCAAGUGUGAAAUUUCGCGGGACGGAGACAGCAGCCCCACGAUAUUCUCUUACUGUUCUUUGCUUGGUGCAUUGCAGUGUUCAGAAAACUGUGGAGGUGGUAUUAAAAUCCGUGAUAUACAGUGUAUGGAUACUCGAGACAAAAGACCGCUGCGACCUUUCCACUGCCAGUUACUAGGAGCCAAACCAACCACAAAUCUUCACUGUAAUCCAAAGCCCUGCAGUGAAUGGAAUAUUUCUCUGUGGAGUAAGUGUUCAAAAACAUGUGGCAUUGGAAUACAAGAACGGUCAGUUUACUGUGUGGAACACCAGCAGUGCAAUCCUAAAGUAGAGCCUCAAGCCACCAGACCCUGCAAUAAUCAACCGUGCACCGAGUGGGUGACUGGAACUUGGAGUGAGUGUUCUGCAUCUUGCGGAGGAGGUUCUCAGCACCGGAUGGUGAAAUGCAUGAACACGGACACUAAUAAAACAGAGGAAGACAGCAGAUUGUGUGAGCUUGAGCCAAGCCCUAGUGUGACACAGUUGUGCAACCUUCAAAAGUGCACUAACAGCAAGGGUAAGCAAAUGUUUCAAUCAGUGCAAGAAAUAAUGUCGGUUGAGUGUUUUGUGUUGUGGCUGGUGGAAAAUCAAAAUUGUGAAGAAAGUUUAUCAAAAAUAAGACACAAAGUUCAGAGUGAGGUACUACCCCCGCAGUCACUCCGCGGUCACUCCACGGGCAGGGUGCAUCUGCCACCCUCAGGCUGCCCAGGCAGUCAUACACGACUCCGGUGGCGGGCUCCAUGCACAGCUCCUCCCGGCCGGCUGGGAGCGCGACGGAGGGCAGGGGGAAGUUGGCCACCAGCGGGGCAGUCUCGGCUCUCCACAUCCAACAAGUUGUCGGAGCAAGGCAGCGGCGUGGUGGCCAUGCAGUCCGAGUCUCGCUGGAUCCUCGUAAUCCUCUGCCUCUGUCAAAUGGAAAACAUCUGUAUUAAGGACAGAAUGUCAGAAAAAUUUUGCCUCACCUUGAAGAAAUUGGGUCGAUGCUCCAUGGCGGCAAUAAAAUUUCAGUGCUGUCAAACCUGCCAGAAAUUUAAUGUCACGAUAAGGAGAAAAGGAUUUGAUCGUGGUUCCAGCCGAAGAACCAAUUCGUGAAAGGCACUUUGGAUUUACAUUUAGAGGAUCUGGAACGUGGCUUCUUUAAACAAGGUUUAGAAUGAUUUGCCAAGAUGCUGUUUAAUUCUUACAAUUCUUGGUUGACUAAAGAACUCGGUAUAUAUGCAGUUCCCAGGUGCAGGGAAGCAGUUUGAUUGCACAUCAAUUUACUUAUUUUGUCAGCUCUUAAUCAUUGCAACCUCAAUUAAUUCAUUUCAUAGGACUUCCUAUUCUUUAGACUUAAAUACUUAUAAGAAACCUUUUACCUUAAUUUCAAAAAUUCCAACUUAAGCAGAAGGUUUAUAUUUCCUGUUUUGAUGGUUUUCCUUUUCAAUCUUAAAACCAGAACAUUUGAAAAUAAGUAUUAAUACUACUGUGUUUGAUAAGAAUACAUUUUCCUGGGCAUCCUUCAUUUUCCCUAAUAUCCUUUCUUGUAAUUCCUCUCAACCAUCUGAUGCCAAUGUCACAUUGAAACAUAGGGUUAACGUCUUUCUGACAGCGAAUACCCAUUACAUAGUAAAUAUAUAUUAUCCAUUAUCCUUUGUAUUAGUAUCAGGACAUCUUGGAGUCACAACCUUUCUUCUGUAAUCGUGUUUUCAACUGCGGUGCUUAAUUAAAAUGCAUUUUAAAUUGUGGUGAGCUGUCGCCGAAUGCAAAUCUGUAGGUUCAGUGGUCUGGUGUCAGAUGUAAGUUCAUUAUUUGGUUAGUUUGCUGUUUUUGUUAAUUAAGUCAAUUAUUAAUCUUCAGAACAGGCAAAGAAAUUCCACACAGUGAAAUGUAAAAGUAAAUGCAGAACAUGGCUUGGUUCAAAAAGAGAUAUCUUUUCAUCAAUUACAAUUGUUAACAAAGAUAUGUCACAUAUUGUUAACAAAGAUAUGUCACAUAUCAAAAGGACUGAAAUUGGCCACUUUUAUCCUGACAGGAUGAAUGCUAUAAUUUUUAUGACAUCUUGGGCUUUCUCAUCGCAUUGGACAGGCUGUGAUUUUUCACACAAUAGCAAAAUACUUAGAAAUUCAAAUGGAGCAUCAUCUGUACAGCCUUUUUGAUUCAUUUUGAAUGGCAGGUUUAGUUUUACCUAGCACACUAUCAUGUUCCCGAAAAAAAACCCAACACAAAGCACUUCAGGACAAUUGUUCUUUACAUCAAUCUAGCAAGAAAAAUAGUUUUACUCCAUUAUUUGGAACCGCUCCUGAAGGUGAAUAUGUAUCUUAAAAGGAACCUUACUUGAAAAAAAAAAUGUUUGUUCAGCCAUAUUCAGGUAGGAGGCUGUAUUGCACAUUUCUUUGCCCUAUAAAAAUGUAUGUCUUAUAUAUUUGUAAAGGAGAAAAAAAAAUCGAGAGAAGACAUUUAAUUUUAAUUUUGUGAUGCACCUUGGAGCAGAGGGUGAAUGAUAGGUGCUGGAUUGUGCUCUCCAGCUUGUGAGAAUUGAUUAGCAUCAGUCCUUCCAAAGAUUCCUUCCAGUUUGGGGUUUCACAGCCAUGUGCAUACAUUUGGCCAGCAGGUCAUUUAAUAUAGUCUGGAGUUGCCUGCACUGCAAAGUUUAGGUGGAUGCAUACAGUGUUAAACUUCUGUAGUUUGUAAAAUAACAUUUUGGUAUGCGGUAGUUAUGUUUGUUGAUUAACAAAUAGUGUUUUAUAGAUUGGUAGGAAAAUAUGUUGAGCAAUAAUGCAGGGUUGAUUGGUACAGGGGCAUGGCAGGGUAAUUAGACAGAGCAUGUUUGCAGGACCCCUUUGUGAUGGUGGAAGUAGAUGAGAAUCCCAAAAUCCUGGGGCCCUGCACGCUACUGCGCGUCACUGCCAACGCCACCACACCUCACCAUGUGCCAUGCACGCGUAAUGCACGCCAUACACGCGUCACGAUAUGCGCAUCAUGCGUCGUGACGUGUAAAUGAUGUUGCGUAAAUGACGCCUAAGUGGGACAGGACCUUAAGUGUUAAACCCAUUCAGAUUUCUUCUAGUCAUAUUGCUGGUGACUAACUAAACCUGGCAACCAUGAAAACAAUCCAUAUGACAAUGUGCACUGCUACUCUGACCGUUCCUACAUCUUCUUCCUAUUUCUGCUUCUGUUUCUCCUUCUUCGUCUCCUCCUCAUUAAAGUGACCGUGACAUCUUUAGCACAGGUGCCCAGCCAAGUCUUUGGUUCUCGUGCUAUGUGCGACAUUGCUUGGAGUCCUAGUGUAGAAACCAAGAACUGCAGAUGCUGGUUACACAAAAAAGCUGGAGAAACUCAGCGGGUGCAGCAGCAUCUAUGGAGCGAAGGAAAUAGGCAACGUUUCGGGCCGAAACCCUUCUGCACCCGCUGAGUUUCUCCAGCUUUUUUGUGUAACCUUCGAUUCUCCAGCAUCUGCAGUUCCCUCUUAAACAAAUGCAGAUACUGGUUUAUAUCAGAUACCAAAGGGCCUGAAGAAGUAUCCCGACCCGAAACAACACCUGUCCAUUUUCUCCAGAUAUGCCGACUGACCCGCUGAGUUACUCCAGCACUUUAUGUCUGCCUGCUUGGAUUCCUCACCACAUCAUCCUUUACCAAGCAGCCAAUACAUCUGUCUGGUUACCAGACAGAGUACAUGAGGCUUUCCAUAGAAUAGUGAAGACACAAGAGAUUUUAGAUGUUGUGAUCUUGAACAACAAAAACAAUCUGCUGAAGUAAUUCGGCAGGUCAAGCAGCAUCUGUGGGGGAAGGAAAUGUGUAGGAAAGAACCGAACCAAACUGCUGGUUUAAAUCAAAGGUAGACACAAAAUUCUGGAGUAACUCAGCGGGACAGGCAGCAUCUCUGGUGAGAAGGAAUGGGUGGCGUUUCGGGUCGAGUCUGAAGAAGGGUCUCGACCCAAAACGUCAUCCAUUCCUUCUCCAGAGAUGCAGCCUGUCCCGCUGAGUUUAUCCAGCAUUUUGUGUCUGACUCUGUGGGGGAAAUGAUUUGUUGACGUUUUGGUUCGAAAGGACUGUGACUGGAGAGGGGAGAUAGCCAGUCUAAAUAGGAGAGAGGGAGUGGUGAGACAGGAGAUGUUUGGUGCACUGAGGUGGAGUGAAGGAUGACCGACAGGUAGAGUCAAACAGUUGGGAGAUGGCAGGUGGAUGAGCGGGAGAGGCAGUCAAAAAAGAAGGCAGGUGGAAUAUUGUACCAUGGAACAGUAGCUGUUAGACUUGGGUUGAAAUUGCACCAGAGUGGAUGGGGAGUUUAUAUCCAAUUAUUUAAAUAAAUCUGCAAUACCAAGCUGGCUUUUGUCAUAAAAGGCCAUCUGAACCCUGAAGGGUGAAGCAUGCUGUUAAUGCCAAGUCUGGCUGCCAGCAAUGUGGUUCACUUGUAAUUAUUGCCUGAAGGCACGCAGCAAAGCAGUUUUCAAUGGGCAAUAAAGGCUAGCCUUAAAGACAAUAAUGAAUGUGUUUCUUUGAAGGGAGUGCCACAGAAUCAGUGAAUUGAGACAGCUGCCAUUUGUCUUCCCUAUGCCUGAUCUGCAUGAAUUUUAAUGGAGCAUUCUCUGGGCUGAUACCUCAGCUUCUGUCUGUGCAGCCACUGCCUCCUCUCAUCUGUGAACCAGUCAGAGCUGCAAAGCCAAAAGCCCACGUUCUGAGUGGUCUUACAAUCAGGGAAGUUGAUACACACGCUGGCCCUCGCAAACAAGGCAACUUUUAACGGUUUGAUGCACUGACUGUCAACUCCAGUUUACAUGUCUGACAGCAUCCCAAUGAGAUCUUGAGACAUCAGUGUUGCCGAAUGUGAUCAUUUUCUUGGCCACCGGCACAGCAUGCAGAUCAGGUCCAGCAGGUGGCUGCAACUAUCUGUGUGCAGCUACCUAAAGCCCAAGUCUUGUCUAAUGUUGGGAUUGCAGGCUAUGGCUCUGUUAUGUGACUUCCACUGUCCCACUGUGGCAGGGUGAUGCUGAUUGUACAGCUGCUACCUCCCAGCCCUAGUGACCCUGACUCAAUCAUGUGGAUUCAAGGAACUGCAGAUGCUGGUUUACAAAAUGAGACACAAACUGCUGGAGCAAUUCAGCGGGUCAGACAGCAUCGCUGUAAAACAUUGGCAGGUGAUGUUUCAGGUUGAGACCCUUCUUCAGACUUGGUUUGCAAAAAAGGCACAAAGUUCUGGAGUAACUCAGCUGGUCAGGCAGAGUUAGACACAAAAUGCUUGAGUAACUCAGCGGGACAGGCAGCAUCUCUGUAGAGAAGGAAUGGGUGAUGUUUCGGGUCUAGAUCCUUCAGACUUAUGUCAGGGGAGUCGGCGGGACAGAGAUAGAAUGUAGUCAGAUACAGUAAGACCGGUGGGAGAACUAUGAGGGGGAGGGGAUGGAGAGAGAGGGAAAGCAAAGGGCAACUUGAAGUUAGAGAAGUUAGUUCAUACUGCUGGGCUGUCAACUACUCAAGUGAAACAUGAGGUGAUGUUCCUUCAAUUUGCACUGGGCCUCAUUCUGACAAUGGAGGAGGCCCAGGACAGAAAGGUCAGAUUGAGAAUGGGAGGGGUUGAAGUGCUGAGCCUCUUAAAUAUAGCCAAUGAACUGGCCUCAACUACCCUCUGUGGCAGAGAGUUCCAGAGAUUCACCACUCUCUGUGUGAAAAAAGGUUCUUCUCAUCUCGGUUUUAAAGGAUUUCCCCCUUAUCCUUAAGCUGUGACCCCUUGUCCUGGACUUCCCCAACAUCGGGAACAAUCUUCCUACAUCUAGCCUGUCCAAUCCCUUAAGAAUUUUGUAAGUUUCUAUAAGAUCCCCUCUCAAUCUCCUAAAUUCUAGAGAGUAUAAACCAAGUCUAUCCAGUCUUUCUUCAUAAGACAGUCCUGACAUCCCAGGAAUCAGUCUGGUGAACCGUCUCUGCACUCCCUCAUUUGAUGAUGGUCAGGCAAAGUGUCUGGAGAACAUGGAUAGGUAAGGUUUUGGGUUGGGACCCUUCCCAACCCGAAAUGGGAAUCUGAAGAUGGAUUUCAAACUGAAACACGUCCUAUCCAUGUUCUCCAGAGAUGCUGCCUGACCCACUGAGUUACUCCAGCAUUUUGUGUCUGACUCAUUCAUGACCUCUAAUGCUGUCUGUGUGGAGUUGUUAAGACCAUAUUGUUUUCUUCAAGGUGUUCCAGCUUCUUUCCUCAUCCCAAAGAUGUGCAAUGGCAACGGUGACUGUCGAUUAAUAUGUAGUGAGUGAUAGACUCUGGAGAUGAGGAGGGGUUUGAUGGUAACAUUGGAUGAAUAGGUAUAGGGAAAAUUAUUGGCAUAAUGGAAUUACCCAAUUCUGUCAUGGAGUCCAUAAUAAUAAUAAUAAUAAUAAUAAUAAUAAAUACUUUAUUGAUCCCCUCAGGGAAAUUCAGAUGUCCAGAAGCCCCCAACCAACAAACCCACAGAUUCAAAACGAACGCAGACAGAAAAUACAUAGAAUACACUGUGGACACAACCUGAGAGCAAUAAAUACUUAAAAAGACCAAUAAUUAACAAUUAAAAAUUAAAAAUUUCAAAAAUGCAUCCCCCUACAGCCUAGCGGUCCGAAUUAUAAAAUCUAAUGGCUGCAGGGGUGAAGGAUCUCCUGACCCGCUCCGUUCUACAUCGCAGGGAGAGGAGCCGGUUGUUGUUCCGAGUGCUCUUUUGACUCUCCAGAAUUACAUGGAGGGGAUGCCCGGGGUUUUUCAGGAUGACCUGCACCUUGUGCCUCAUACGCCUCUCAAGCACAUCCAUCCCAGAGUCUACUCUCCCCUCCAGCACUGAGCUAGCUCGUUUAACCAGUUUGACCAGCUUCUUGUUGUUUUUUUCACUAAUGCUGUUGCCUCAGCAGACAACAGCAUAGAAAAUAACACUUGCAACCACAGUGUUGUAAAACAUGUGCAGCAUAUCACUACACACAUUGAAGGAUUUGAGCCUUCUGAGGAAAAAGAGUCUGCUCUGGCCUUUUUUAGUAGAGGCAGUCAGAGUUGACAGACCAGACUGAAAUAGUCUUUUUCUGUGUCACAUGGAAAUGCGGUACAAACUACAACAGCAGGUGGGGUCAGUAGCAACCUCCUGCUAUUCCUGAGGCUUCUGUGAUUAUCUUCUGGAUCAAGAAGCUCUAUGACAAUGUCUUUCUGUAGAACUAUAUUAACGAUGUGUGCAGGUUCAAAGGUAAAAUACAAACUUGCAGACAUACUCGAUGGGUUAGGCAGCAACUGUGGAGGUAGAGCGACGGUCGACACUCAAGGUGCAUUUGUGUUUCGGUCUUGACUGAAACAUGGACCAUCCAUCUGUUGCUAUAGAGGCUGCCUGAUCUGCUGAGUUCCUCAAGCAGUUUGUUCUUUACUCUUUGCUCUCGAUUGCAGCAUGUGGAGGCUCUUGUGUCUUCAGCUUCUAAGGUGGUGAGACUGAACAACAACUCUGCCAGUUAUGCAAUCAAAACUUUCUCCAAUGUUUAGUAAACAAAGAACCAACAAAACUCCCAUUUACAGAAUUUGUAUCUGAAAUACUCAUGGUAACAGCUACAGCUUUUAUUGUCAGGUUUGUUUUUUCAAUCUAUUGCUCUACUCCGGCAUCAGUUCCUUUGGGAAUUUGGGCAACUUGUGCAUUUUCUGAAACAUUCAGAAAAAGGAGUGUUAAACAUGUAAAUCUGACAGCCUGCCUCCUCUCAAGUGUAUCUUGAUUACCUCCUUUUGAGUUAAAUUAGUGGAAAUGUCUCGGGUUUCUGAGUGCAGGUGCUUUAUGGGGAUAUAACUAUGCCAGCCAACCUCUGGAUGCAAAUCACAGACAUUCUCAGUGUUUACAAAUAUUUUCUUACAUGUACAGACAGAUAGAAUAGCAUUAGAUGUACAGCUUCUAUUUCCAUGCACAAUCAGGUGGCGAUUACAUGUCUGGCUCAUAAUGAUGACUAAGUCUCAUUUAUGGCACUAUCAAAACAGAAACAUCAUCAGCCAGAUCAACAUCCUUUCUCUCUAUCAUCCAAUGAUUUUUGCUGGGAGAAAGAUCCCAUGAUUUAUGCACUUUACAAUUGCUUUUCCCAGCUGUCAUGAAGAAUAUCAGUGUCCUGAUUUCAAAAUGCCUUUCAAUAUUGCAAUAUGAAACCAUGAAACAAGCCAUUGCUGUUACAAAAUGACAUGAAGUGUUGGAAUAAAUCAGCGGGUCAGGCAGCGUCCCUGGAGAACAUGGAUAGAUGAUGCUUCGAGUCAAUACCCUUCUUGAACCCAAAACGUCACCUAUCCAUAUUCUCCAGGGAAGCUGCCUGACCUGACACAAAUGCACCUUGAGUUACUCCAACACAUUGUGUCCUUUUGUGUAUUAACCAGCAUCUGCAGUUCUUUGUUUCUUUUAUGUUGAAGAGUGGAGAUCUAUGAAGUUAUAUAUUUUGUUUGACUAUCAUUGGGAAACAGGAAAACAUUUCCCUGAGAUACUUAGUUACAAAUUUUACCACUGAGUUGAAAAGCUCUUUGGUCUUCCAUAAAAUUCAACUAUUGUAACUAAACCACCCUCAAUACAAUAUCCUACUCACUUCUGUCAACUCACACUGCACAAAACAAUAUGUUGGAGGAACUCAGCAGGCCAGGCAGCAUCUGUGGAAGGAAAUGGAGAGAUGACAUUCCGUGUCAGAACCCUUCUUCAGCCCCAACCCAAAACAUCAUCUGCAUUUAUUGAACAAACACUUUGUGCUUUUGUAAGUGGUACAGGCACCAUUACAACAUAUAUGGCAGGGAAAUGCAGUAUAAUAUGAAAUGUAACAUUUAAACAAAGUUCUGUAAAUGCUCGGCAAGUCAGGUGAUAUCAGUGGAGAGAGAAACAAUGCACUAAUAUUUCAUUUUAAUGUCCCUUCAUCAGAACAUACAAUAUAAUAUUUAUUAACAUGCACUGACGCCCAGUGGCACAAAAUCAAUACUGCAGCAGUAUUCAUACUUAUUGAAAAAUACCCCCUCAAUGGUGUUCAAUUGAAAAGUUAACCAACUGGGAUGCAAGAUUAUAUUUGGCUGAAAUUUUUGAAAUUAUUCAUUUUGAUAUGAAAAAACAAUUAUGUUUUUUUACCUUAAUUGGUUGAAGAUCACUGCACCGUUUUACAUAGCAGCUCCUACUUCCUUAGUUUUGCUUGAGCUUUUGUGUUGUGAUGCAAGGGAAUUAAAAUGAGCCCUAUCUGAGGCAGAGGUAAGAAUACAUUGAUU